AUGGAUGCCUCCGUAGAAGACAUCAAGAAGGCAUACCGCAAGCUUGGUAACACACCCUCUNCGCUGAAAUACCAUCCCGAUCGUAACCCCGGUAAAGAAUCAGAAAUCGUGCCCAAGUUCCAGGCCAUCCAGGCCGCCCACGAGAUCCUUCACGACCCGGUAUCCAAGACGCGAUAUGAUGCAGACCGUCGAAAGGCGGGACUGGGAGGUGGUGCCUUCACCAAGCCCAACGUGCCGCCAAGGAGCACAGGAACAAAUCCCAUGUACCAGGCCACAUCCAACUUCCCUCCACCGCCGAGACGAACACCCGCUCCUACUUCGACGUGGCGUAGCACCGCAUCCGGCGCCUCAGGUGCCGACCGAUUCACAAACUUCCCGAGACCCGCUCCCACGAGCAAGAAGAACCCGGCUGACCCUGCAAACGUCUUCAACGCAUGGCAGAAUAUGAAGCCGCAAACGCCUGGUACCGCCCCGCAGCCUCCACCACGAGCUUCUCCCAAACGUCCAGUACCUCGACCACCGCCUAGGCAAGACACUCGCUAUCCUACCGAGGAAGACAUCCGGGCUGGCAUGAACUACCGCGAGGCUCCCCCGAAGCCUGCAAAUGCCUAUGACGGGUUCCGCUCAGCUCGCUCAGCCUGGGCCGAGUACAACAAUGCUGGCACGAACAAAGCAGGUGCUUCAACGUCUUCCAGCACCCCCAGAAAGGGUGGUGGCUUUGACCCCACGUCGACUGGCGACGAGAGACAGGCGGGAAGUACAGCCAACUACUCAUCAUCCAGGAGAAGGUCCGCGGACCCACCUUACUAUCCACCUCCGCCGCCACGUUCUGCAUCGCAGAGGGACUACUCUGACGUUCCUGCCGAAGACGCUCGCACAAGGACAGCCUACUCGGGCGAGGAUGCUCGUCGCACAGCCAGCACACCCCAUGUGCCCAUGGCUUCAGAGGGAGCAUCACAAUUCCGUCGAUCGACGCGCAAGGCGGGUACCGGUACUGCAAGGAAGCCCUUUGUCGUCUACAGCUCAAGCGAUGACUCUGAGACUGAAGACGACUCUGCUUCCACCACUCCUGACACUGCACAGAAGAACCCCCAACCUACGACGACCGAUCAACCCGCUGACCCCUUCUCACGCUCAUUCACCCGUCCUAAGAAGACACCCAAUCCGCCUAGUCGACAGUUCAAAAACGGUGUCCCUUACAAGGCUCCAGAUGAGGCUAGCGCGAGCAGCAAUGCUGGUCUAGAUGCAGCAGCAGAUGCUGGCGAAAAGGACAAACCAACAAUGUAUGCCAAUCAUUUCUCUACCCCUCCUUCCAACAAGCAAGAAAAAAUGCCCUCUCCUGUCUAUCCUUUUGGAAGAACCUACCUACAAAACAAAAGCCCUGACUCGAUUCCUCGAUGGGCUGUCCCGUCCUCUGUUCCUCCGGUCAAACGGAGCCAUUCGGCUGCUCAACGCGCCUGGAUAGACCUUACGAACACUGAAUUGUCUGCAAAUGUGGGAAAGAGUCAACCAACUUCCCGCAGGAGACCGCCACGAAUGCCCUUGUCUGAUGAUCUUGUCGACCUGACCACCGAUGACACCCCUGAACUCCAAUCACCAUAUAAAAAGACUUGUUUCACCAAAGACGAUGCUACUGGCCUGUAUCGUUUUGACAAUCGUUCAUUACAUCAAUCCGACGCUGACUUCUUGUCCAACAGAUUCACGAUACCCAUCAAUGCUGACACCUUCAGGCCGAACAUGGCUAAGAGCCGCAGUGAGGACAGUAUCAACACAUCCUUUGUGCCUGAGCAGUGGGCUGGCGACUUUACCAGUAACAACGUUUUUGCUGCUGCCCAAGCCACAGCUGGUCGCAAGUCUGCCACACCAUCACGCAAAUCGUCCAGAGCUUUCCGCCAACAAUCUAGAACCAAUACCUUUUCUGAGCCAUCUACACAGCAAAACCAAGCCGAUUUCGCCCAAGAUCCCACUUACUCGCCUGAAGAAUGGGCCAAGCAUUUCCAGGAUGCAACUUGGGCCUUUGACCCGAACACUUUACGCACCUCAUCACCUGGCAAGCCAGAGUCAAGAACAACCUCUAGAAGCAAUUCGGCUGCAGUGAGAAAGGGUUCGAGAGUGGCCAAUAAGAUUCCGGUGAACACACCAAAGCCCGCGACAGUAGCAGAUGAGGCGGAAGAGAAUGUUCCUCGAACUCAAUCGCCUGAUGAGAUGGAUGUCGAUGAUGCCCCACCAGCCAGCACAACUACCGCACCUCAGCCUUCUACUGCUCAAGAGCCUCGCAUCUAUCCCGUCGACACGAAAAAUCUGCGUCAGAACGAUGCCGGGACAAGCAAGCGCGAAAGCAGCGGCUUCAACGUCAAACUCGACGACCUCGGCGCUGCAGUCGACGUCCCACCAUUACAAGGCCUCGACGGUCUAGCAGACAUCAGCAGCACUUUGCCAUUUACCUCCAAAGCUUCCACCACCAUCCCCACCUUUACACCACAAAACCUCGUGCUACCACCUCUACCUCGCGCACCACCCACGCCCACAAGACUCACCCGUGCAGCCUGGUUCACCUACUGCACCACCUUCUCCGUCUACCUCGACAAAUUCAACAAGUACAAUGCAGUAAUCGUGACCCACUUUUCCAGCCGCCAAGAGCUUGCCGCUAGAGUGGUUAGAGCUGGCAUUAGAGCGCUGGAAGCUGUAGGGGAGGCGAGUACAGGCGAAGGCUUCAUGAGUUACGCGCAAGCGGUCAAGGAAGACGAGCGUGUGAGAGAGCAUUGGAAUGUUGGAUGCGAGAAACAUGCAGAUGCUGUCAAGGAGUUUGAGGCUGUGAGGGAGAGGGUCAGGGUGUUGAGUCAAGGGGCUGGAUUACCUGAGAACUGA